AUGCUUAAUAAACGCUUAUACACAACUAAUACUUAUAAAUCUACAUAUUCAUCCCCGGUAGAUUAUAUUUAUGUUGAUAUUCAAAAAAUCGAAGGCGCAUGUGGAGGUCAUUGCAAUGAGUUUGCUAACAAAGUAUAUGAAGAAAAGGAAUUAAUACAAGUGUGCUCGGCAGUGUGGUCAUUUUCAAACUGCCUAAAUGCAACUUGUGAAAACUAUGAAUCAGCAAGUUACAUGAGAUUUUUAAACGCAGCUAAACAUCGAUGCGCAGGAACGGUCAUUUACCUCUCGGGACUCCUGUUGGCGUUCUGCGCCAUCUUGAAUAUGGCCGCCACCUUCUAGUAGCAAGACAAAGGCUACAGAGCAAGAAAGGCGAUUUGUUUAUUGCUAUAGAUUAAGUAGAUG